AUGGAAUUCGCUCAGGUAGUGCAGAACUGCAACAAGUUCUGUUUCAACAAAGAACAGGACUCGUUAUUCCGGUUCUUCGUUUUAGACCAUGACAAGCCUGUGGGAUAUAUUCUUUCAAGCUUCAUCACGGAGAUGAACUGGAAUGUCCGCGGGUUCGAAAUCGAUCUAGACAAAAAGACCGUGCUCUUGAACAUAGAGCCUAGACCCGGCGAGUGCAUGGCACACGCUUGCGACAGAGCAUUUGUGGAUUUCUGUGCAGAAAACAUCGACAAGAUCGACCGACUCGACUCCUGGCUUCAACAAUACUACGAAAAUGACUCCCCAGAAUACCACCCUAUCCUCGGCCUUCCACCCCGAAUUUCCUGGCUAAAGGUUCCUUCGCCAGUACGUGGAGUAUUCGGAAUCGUUACUGCGGGAGCCCAUAUGACCAUGUACACCUUCAAGAGCGGCAACAGCAUUCCGCACAUCUGGGUCGCCAAGAGGUCGCCACACGUUACUUAUGCCGGAAAAUACGAUCAGCUUGCUGCCGGUGCUGUGGCGCCCAGCGAUGGAAAUAUCCCGAUUAAAACCAUGGCCAGGGAGGCUAUGGAGGAAGCUGGCUUGAUGGUCGACGUGGAAACCUGCCAAGUAGCGACAAGGCAAGGCGAGCGCUUGGGGACUCUUGUUGCCGGUCGUUUGAUUUCGUUUUACGACAGGAAAACUAAAAUCGCUGGCUCGGAAAGUGGGCAGCUGGAACCGGGGGUUCGCUACACUUUCGACCUCCAUGUGCCUGAGUGGUUUGAGCCAAAGCCAUGCGAGCCCGAUGCCAUCGAAGGCUUCCAGCUUCUUUCGGUUGAUGAAGUGAAAAGGUCUUUGAAGGCAGGAGACUGGAAGCCUAAUUCUGCACUCGUGAUGCUCAGCUUUCUCGAGGAAAAGGGUCUUCUUGGAAAUGGAGAAAAGUUGAAGCUGGAUGUUUUAAACUCCAUCCUAGAGUAUGAAAUUGUCGGUUUCGAUUGCAAUUGA